UUGCCCAAAUCGUCCGUCCGAUCAGUGAAGAAACCUGCCCCCCCGCCUGACCGGUUAUUUCCCGGGAGCCGAACAACAAGACCCACUCUCUCUCUCUUUCUCUCUGUCAAAGUCGAAGACAAAGAAAGAUGCGAACCAGAAAGCAAGCCGAGCGUGAGAAUCAGACAAAUGGUUCUCUUACAGCAAUAUCACACGAUUCUGUUGGCAAGAUUUUGAAACGAGCAAAAACCAAUCCAAGGAAAAAAGACCAAGGAUGGGAGGAUGUAGACAAGAUGAAAAAGAGUUCAGAUGCUGGAGAAAGGAAUACUGAGAAACCAGAUAUACAAAUGAAAGAAAACAGUUUACAACAAGAACCAUGUAGUGACGCGUUACCUAAUAUGGAAGGAGGAAGCUUCCAGAGUAAUCCACCUGUGGGAGAAGAAAUGGAUGUACAAUGGGAAGAGGGGUCAACAUCCACUUUUCUAUCUGCAAAGAAUCACUCAGAGUCUUUGGUUGCCGCUGUAACUAAUGAGAAAUCCUGUAAAACAUCAAAUUCUCCAGACAUGCAUUCUGAAUCCAUGGCUAAGUGUAUGACUAUAGAAUUUGAUGCAACAACAAAGUCUACCCCAAAAAAGACUAUUCGUCGAGCUUCAACUGAGGAAAAGGAAAUUGCUGAGCUUGUGCAUAAGGUCCAUUUACUUUGCUUACUUGGAAGGGGAAGGUUGAUUGAUGCGGCUUGUAAUGAUCCUCUUAUUCAGGCUUCACUACUGUCAAUUUUACCAUCUCAAUUGUCUGAGAUAUCAAGGAUUGAAAAAUUGACUGUCAAGGCUUUGGUUCCAGUUGUUCAUUGGUUUCAUAAUAACUUCCAUGCUAGAGGUACAACUGAUUCAAAGCGAUCAUUUAGUUCAGCUUUAGUGCAUGCUCUUGAGACUCGUGAAGGGACUUCAGAGGAGGUUGCUGCUUUGUCUGUUGCAUUGUUUAGAGCUCUUAACCUUACAACCAGAUUUGUGACAAUCCUGGACAUAUCUCCAGUGAAACCUGAAACUACUAAGUCUGAAUCAACUGAUGAGCAUGCAAGCGCUCGUAAAGGCAUAUUUGGUGCUGCAACAUUGAUGGUGUCUAGAUUAGAUCAGGCAUCUGCUUCUUCUGUUAAACAAUUUUCAUUAGAUGAUAGGACCAAUGCAAGUGAAGCUUUUUCAAAAGACACUUGUGGAUCCAAGAACAAUAAGAGGUUAUGCAACUCCAAUAAAUUUAAAGAACCUUGUGUGGUUAAUCAGCAAAAACUAGCUUCAAAUGCAGCCUGUGAAGGCUGUGAUGAUGAACUCCCUGUCAAGAAAUCUGGGGAUCCAAAGAGAAAAGGUGAUUUGGAAUAUCAGAUGCAGUUGGAAAUGGCUCUCUCUGCUACAGCAGUGGGGGGUUUAGACUGCAGUUCAAACCCCUCAGGAAAUUCCGCUGCUCUUGUUAAAAGAAUAAGAACGGAUGAAAAUGAAGAUUCUACGCGGUUAUCUCAGGGGAUAUCUACUGCUAUUGGAUCAAGAAAAGUUGGAGCUCCUCUACAUUGGGCAGAAGUCUAUUGCCCUGGAGAAAACAUGACAGGAAAGUGGGUUCAUAUUGAUGUAGUUAAUGCCAUUAUAGAUGGAGAAGAGAAAGUAGAAGCUGCAGCUGCAGCUUGCAAAACGUCUUUGAGAUAUGUUGUUGCUUUUGCAGGAUCUGGGGCCAAAGAUAUAACUCGCAGGUAUUGCAUGAAAUGGUACAAGAUAGCACCACAAAGAGUUGAUUCUGAUUGGUGGAAUGCAGUAUUGGCUCCACUAAAGGAGCUGGAGUCACGUGCAACAGGUGGUGAAUCAGUUAGACAUGAAAAAGAAAGCGCAUUGAAUCGGAACGCCCUUGAGGACAUGGAGUUGGAAACCCGAGCAUUAACUGAGCCUCUUCCAUCUAACCAGCAAGCUUACAAAAACCAUCCCUUAUAUGCACUUGAGAGAUGGCUUACCAAAUAUCAGAUACUACAUCCUAAGGGUCCAGUAUUAGGGUUCUGUUCUGGUCAGCCCGUUUACCCACGGGCUACCGUGCAAAUACUACAUACCAAAAACAGAUGGCUGUGUGAAGGGCUUCAACUCAAAGCCAAUGAGCUUCCUGCCAAGGUGUUGAAAUGUUCAAGGAGACUGAACAAGCCGCCACAAGCAUUUGAAGGCGGUGACCAUGAAGAAGAGACUAGUAAACGAGAAGUUAUGCUCUAUGGGAAGUGGCAGACUGAACCUUUGAUUCUGCCUCAUGCUGUCAAUGGGAUUGUCCCAAAGAAUGAACGUGGCCAAGUCGAUGUCUGGUCCGAAAAGUGUCUACCCCCAGGAACUGUGCACUUGAGGCUGCGGUUUGUUCAUCUUGUUGCAAAGAGGUUUGAAAUUGACUAUGCGCCUGCUAUGGUUGGGUUCGAGUUCCGUAAUGGCCGUUCUUUUCCUGUAUUUGAAGGAAUUGUGGUUUGUGCAGAGUUCAAAGAAGUAAUCUUGGAGGCAUAUGCAGAACAAGAAGAAAGAAGAAUGCUGGAAGAAAAGAAGAGGAACGAAGCUCAAGCUGCUUCUAGAUGGUAUCAGCUUCUUUCAUCCAUCAUAACGCGUCAAAAGCUCAACAAUCGCUAUGGAAAUAACAAUAAUAAUAAUACUACCUCUACACACAUCUCUGCAAAAAAGCCCGAAGUUUUCGAUGACGGUGGAUGCAAGGACAAGCAAAUCAGGCAGAUGGAGUCGAAUACAGGUGAUUUGUUAGCGAAAAUGGGAGAGGAGCACGAACAUGAGCAUGCCUUUGUUUUAGAUGAGGAGUUGGAUGAUGAGACGAGUUGGAUGCGAACAAAGCGAUGUUACUGUGGGUUUUCUAUUCAAGUGGAGGAGUUGUGAGCUCAAUUCUACGCCAUGGUUGGUUUGAUGUAUGUGAAAUAGUCAGUGUUUUGUUGGAAUAAAAACAAUGUUUCAUGACUUUUUACCAUCAAAUUCUGAAAGCUAAUAGUAAUAUAGAAUGAGAAAUUUACCUGAUAGUUUGUUGA